UUGUGAAUCUCCAGCUCUGUGUCCCUCACAGGGAGAAGAUGAUCUGCAGGAUCCUGCUGCUCAUCAUCCUCACAUCACAUGUCUGUGCAGCAACAAUUGUAGUGAAUGUGACACAGAGCUCCUAUCAGACAGAGGAGAACCACAACAUCACCCUGGAGUGGACCUUCACCCCCAAACCUGGAACCUCCUCCAGACCUCCUGACAUCUACUGUGAACUCAGAACUUAUCUCAGACCCUUAGUCCUGUUUCAUGUGGUGAACGGAGUUGAGAUGACCUUUUAUCACGAUGAACAGUUUUCAGGACGAGUCCAGAGCGACAGAGAUGCUCUGAGAGAGGGACGACUAAGACUCCACAUGUCCAGACUCAGGACUGAGGACUCAGGACAGUACUGGUGUAGACUGGACACAGAGUCUGGAUGGGGGUCUGCCAGCUGUGAAGUACUCGUCUCUGCAGCUGCUGAUCUUCCACCUCAGACACCAACGAUGGUCCCAGAACAAGAACCUCAGGAGAAGACGAGUUUCUACGUUGGAAUGGGAGUAGUUACAUCAGCUAUUGUGGUUAUUUGUUUUAUAGGUUUAAUUAAGAAAAGGAGGAAAAAAGUGACGUUCUUCGUCUCAGACGAAGGAGAAGUUUCUCUUGAAUCAUGAGAAGUUUAUGAUUGGAGUCUCAAACCGACUGCAGGACUUUCUUCCUCCAUCUGAUCACUUGGACGGCCUGUACCAGGAACCUUCUUUACUGUUGAUGUUUUAAUGAAAUGUACAUUUUACUUAUUUAUUGUUGGUGUUGAUGAAAUGCAAUGUCAGUGAAGACAAACCUCCUU